GACAAUUUCUCGGCGUUACAGAUGUCUACAAGAGUUUGCGGUAAACGGAUCGGGUACGAUGAUUUCAUUGGGUCUUCAUCGUCCCCGACGAAUAAGAGAUCCAAAUGGUCAAGCUUCGGAUCGCCAAUCCGAUCAUCCGAAAUCGGGUCUGGAUCCAAUGACCCGGUUGCAUCUUUGAUCCUCAUGUUCCCUACCAUUGAUCCUGAGUUUGUCAGAGAGGUUUUGAGCAACAAGAACAAUGUGUUUGAAGAUGCAAAAGAGAGUUUACGCUCAAUUUUGUUCAAUGGCGAUUUGGAUAGAACAGAAGCUGGCUCUUUUGAUGGAUCUGUGGGAAGUCUCAGUGAUGAGGAUAGGAUCGAUGGAGCUAAAUGGGUCGAAUUGCUUGUAUCCGAGAUGGCAAAGGCGAUAAACAUUGAUGAUAUGAAGCGACGUGUUGUGGUGAUCUUAGAAGCGUUAGAGAGAAGCGAAAAGCACAACUCCAGUGCCUCAAAGAAGCUUGAGUAUGCGUCGUUAAAGGAGGAUCUACAGAGUUUGAUCAAUGAUAACCAUAUCUUAAAACGUGUCGUCGCGAGUCAACACCAGCGUAGCUCUGAGAACGAAGAGAAGGCCAAAGAAGUGCAGCAUUUGAAAGGCGUGGUAGGGCAAUACCAAGAACAAGUUCAUAAGCUAGAGAUAAGCAACUACGCCAUGAAAGUCCAUCUUCAAAGGUCACAACAACAACAACAACAGACUUCUUUCUCUGGGAAUUUGCCUCCAGACGUUUAUUAA